AUGGAUGUCCCUCGAGCAUACGACUGGCGUGAGAUCCUUGCCAGGCUUGGACUGUCAGCAACCGCAGACACUCCCUCCACCCUUGACCACGCCCCAACUCGAAGGGUCCUUCAUGCCAACAUGCUCUGCCUCCGGAAUGCCAACGGCGAACACUACAAAUCCAAGCACAAGAUAUGCUUCAAGCACUCUCCCGAAAAACGUCGGGAAGCCCAGUUCGUGCCAUUCGGUAUCUGGCGAAUGAUGUUUUUCCGAAGACUGGCAUGGGUCAGAAUGAACGAGACCUUUCCUGACGGGACUUCUCCCGAUAUCGCGGCGGCCCUUCGUAUCGAUUUGAACGGUAUGCCCACAACCGAAAACAUGACACCCUACGUUGACGACAACGGUACCCAUAUUUUCGACGGGCGGCACGGCAACUUCAUAGACAUGCUCCUUCCAAUCGAUGAGAUCUUCGAAACACUCAAAUCUCCUACCAACCAGCAAUGGAUCGAGCAUGCGAUACAACAAGACAGGAUUCAUCUCAGAAACUUGGAGGAGCUUCGAACCAUUCUGCGAGGGAGGAUGCCUGAGCCCUCGUUCCGUCAUACCGCCUUUGCAGACGCCUUGAGUGCGUUGUUCAACGCAGACGGCUCCCCUACUACCAACAACCCAUUCGUGUUCUUGCAUACCCUGAUGGACGCAAGAGAGGAAAUUGUGGCCGACCUGGCUGUCCUCCAAGACGUCCUCAGGACUUCGUCGGGUGUUGACCGCUUCCUCGAUUUGCCGGACGACCAUGUUGCUCGAAUGGAGCGCUUAGCAGGAGUCACCACAGACGAGACGGCACAGCUGCAUCCCCGAUUCAAGCCGACACGUGACGCUUGGUUUGCCGCCGCUCUGAUAACUCAACAUCCCAAGCGCGCGCUAUGGCCGAACGAAUCGUUUCAUCGUCACACCGCACGAGGCUAUCUCCACGAAUUCAUAAAGCAUGAUCUAAAGCCCACUGAACUUGCACUAGCGGGUCUGGACCUAUGGAUCUAG